CUUGGAAUAGCCUUAAAAUAUUUAAGGUUUUAUUUUGUAGGUAAGUCUUUAAUUAAUGUUUUUGGUUUUGUCUCUAUUUGUUUAAAAGUGCGUUAGCAGUAAAUCAAGGUGCAUUUCCCCUGUAGGGUUUCCUGUAUGUCAAAGCCAUGUUAAUUCUCUUUGAUUUUCUUCCCUUAGCCCCAGCCAUUGCUGCAGAUCCUUCCUCUCUUUGUCCCUUUGGACAUCAAAGGAUUGCAAGGGGACAGCCCUGGCGAGAAGCUCCUCCCUGCUCAUUAGCCUCCAUAAAACAGGAACUCACCUUGGCUAGCUGUGCUUGGAGUCCCAUCCUCAUCUCAGUCACUCUUGACACUGGAUCUCAGAUGGAACGGCUUUUGCUUGCUGCAGGAAAUCAGACCUGCUUUUGAACUGGACUAUUUGGGCUCCCUUUUUAAGGACUCUGGUGGCUGAGCAACUUCCGAGACUCCACAGUACAUGGAAAAAUGCAAGUUUUAUCAGACGUGAAAGCGCCGUGUGAUGCACUUCCUUCCCCCAGCCUGGAGCCCUACCCGCAGAGCUCCAUUGUGGUCACCCUGGAGGACAUGGGGCUCUGGAUGAAGUUUCAUCAGAUAGGAACUGAGAUGAUCAUCACCAAAUCCGGCAGACGCAUGUUUCCACAAUGCAAGAUCAAAGUCUCUGGCUUAAUCCCAUAUGCCAAGUACCUCAUGCUGGUAGAUUUUGUGCCAGUGGACAACUUCAGGUACAAGUGGAAUAAAGAUCAGUGGGAAGUUGCUGGAAAAGCAGAGCCCCAGCUCCCUUGUCGCACCUAUGUCCACCCAGAUUCCCCAGCUCCUGGCAGUCACUGGAUGAAAGAACCUGUCUCCUUCCAAAAACUGAAGCUCACCAACAACACUCUGGAUCAACAUGGACACAUCAUCCUCCACUCCAUGCACCGUUACAAGCCUCGCUUCCACAUUGUGCAGGCAGAUGACCUCUUCAGUGUCCGCUGGAGCAUCUUCCAAGUCUUCAGCUUCCCUGAGACUGUCUUCACUUCUGUUACUGCCUACCAGAAUGAGCAGAUCACAAAGCUGAAGAUUGACAACAAUCCAUUUGCUAAAGGUUUCCGGGAGCAUGGGAAGAACACUCGAAGGGAAGGACGAGCCAAAUCCCAGAAGCCCAGUCCAGCCAAGGGCCAGAAGAGGAAGCUGCCUGAGGAAAAGGAGUCCGGUGCUGAGGAACGUGAUUUUGAGAAAGAUGAGAAUGUGGAUGUGAAGGAAGAGAGUAACCCCAUCGCAGUUAGCAGCGGCUACCCCUUCUGGAUCUCAGAGCAGAACGGCAGCCAUGCCUUUACUGCAGCAUCGCCGGUGCCGGCCGACCAGAGGGAGGGUCCGGCCAGAGAGCAGCAAGUGCCUACACCAUCAUACCAGACAUACCGGUUCCAUGAAGCUGGGGACAGCCAGCAGCUUCCCGCCCGUGACGUCGCCGCCUUGAAUGACUUCCGAGCAAGGUGCCACCCCUUGGAUCUUGCCACGGUGCCUGAGCACGACUCCAAACAGCUCCCAGAGGGCUUCAGCAACCUGCCUCCGCUCCCCCCACCUCUGCCCCCUCCCCAGGACUAUACAGGAGUGGUGAACAUGGCUCUGGACUCGGUGGGGAAACCUGGAGCCCGAGCGCCCAUGUACAGUCCGUACGGCACUGAGCAAAGCCUCGGCCAGUGGAUGGUGCCCUCCCACAGCCAGUACAGGGCAAUGAGCUACUCGGCCUUCUCCACAGAUUACAACACACAGGGGGCUUCAGGACAUGCCCACGGGACCAUGGCAGAGUGGAGCCAGUACCCGCUGUUCCCCUAUGCCUGCUGGUGAGCAGGGAAGAACCUUGCCCAUGAAAAGACAAAAAGAAAAUUGUAAAUGAGGACAAAUUUGCUCUGGGGUGUUAACCUUGAAGCCUUGUCUACACUAAGCAAAGAGGCAUUGCUGCACACGGGCGCAUGGGACACCUUCAAUUCCUCGUCUCCUUGCACAACAGUCCUCGUGGUAUUUCACAAGCAGCAGCAAAACUGCUGGCUGCCCCAGCUAUGUCUGUGCACGUCUGGCUGAAUCAGUGUGUUCUGCGUUGUUUUUUUCCAACAGGAGUAGCACACAAACUGUAAGAGCAGUAGUUAAAGAGCUGCCAAACCCUGUCCCAGUCUGCGUUUGCAUCUUGCAUGUGGCAGUUUCCAAAAUCCCUUCCUCCCAGGAAAUGCGUGCAAGGAGAUAGGGGCUGAGGAGUUUCAGUAAGCCUGCCAGGUGGCCAAGAAGCUGUAGAGGAUUUUUGCGAAGACGACGAAAAAACACAAUCCCAGUGACCCCUUGAGCAGUUUCCUCACUUAGUAUAGUCAAAUUAAAGCUAGAGUCUUGCCUUUUUUUCCAGGAGCAUGUGACGGUAAAAUAUGCAGUGAAACACGUGUUUGCAGGUCAUGCAGGCAGGGAAGAGUUUGUCCCCUGCAAGAGAACCGGCAGUGUGUUGUGCCUGCGUGUCCCUCAUGCCCACCCCUCUUCUGUCACACCUAGGUUCGAGGUUAGUGAAAUACUUUUCCUUCUGCUGGUGGUGGAGGGAGGUUGUUCACAGAAUUUGGAGCUGCUCCGGGGGCCUCCAAAGGCCUGUGGUUGGCAGGAACAGGGCCCUGAGCAGCGGUGCUGGCCGUGUCACUCUGACCUCUUCCUUUCGAGGGAGAGGAAGUCUUUCGCUGUGAACUUCUUCCUUCCUCCACCCCCUGCCACCUCUGGGGAAUAUAAUUUAUAGCUGUUGUUACUGUGCUGUGCUACGAGAAAGCUUUGUCAGAAGACACUCCUGGCCAGCCUGGCGCUGUUCAUCGCCCACGUCCUUC